AUGACUAAUGGCAGCAUUCCUUUUGAACGCACUUUUUAUGGUUAUUUUAUUGGUAAAAGGCUUGCAUUUCCUCUUGUUAGAGAUCGUCUCCAAGACUUAUGGAAGGAACAUGGAAUUAGUGACAUCUUUAUUAAUAAUGACGACAUGUUCUUUUUUAAAUUUGACAACGACAAUGGCAUGAAUUAUGUUCUUCAAAAAGGAAUUUGGAAGAUUAAUGGUAUCCCGCUUUUCCUUAGAAAAUGGGACCCGGAUGUUUUUAUCGAAAAACCAACGCAUGACCGGGUUCCCGUUUGGGUUAAUAUUUUUGGAAUUCCCCUCCAACUCUUUAACAAGGAUGGCUUAAGUCUUAUUUCUAGCAAACUGGGGAAACCUUUGGCGGUUGAUUCCUACACCACCACCAUGUGUGAGCGGGCUACGGGUAGAGCGGUUUUUGCCCGUAUCCUCAUCGAGAUGUCGGCCCAAGAUCCUUGGGAUAAAGAUAUAAAAACCAAAGCGAUCACGACUAAAGGUGCUACAACUACAACACUUAGAGUGGAGUAUUCUUGGAACCCUAACAGAUGCGAUCACUGCAAAAUCUUUGGUCAUGACCAAGCCACGUGCCCCAUUCUCACGACUAGUACUCCCGCCCCAAAGCCUGCUAUGGCCACCCCAAAAGAAGUUGAUAAUGAAGGAUUCCAAACGUUCAAGAGGAGAUCUAGAUCAUUUCCAAUUCCUAAAAAGAAGAUCCCCAUCGACAACCGUAAAGGAAAAGGCCCUUCUUUAAAGAUAUCUCAAGUCUAUAAACCAGUAAACCGAGUAAAGCCAAAGGAAAAAGUUACAACUAACAUGUUUGAUGCUCUUUCACAUCAACGAGUGGUUGAUACUGAUGAUGAUGUUUGA